GCAGAAAGUCAUCGAUUUGCAACCUUACAUUGUGGUAACAUUGAAGAAGAAGUUUUGUCACCAUUGUUCAGUGCUGCAUAUUCGUCUGUUAGGGCUUAUGCCAACACAAAGCUUUGCAAUGUACUUACAGCUCUUGAAAUGCAGAGAAGAUUUGGUGAAAAGGGGAUCAACUGCUAUGCAGUCCACCCAGGAAAUGCAUUAUCUACUUACCUUACCCGUCACUGGUUGGCAAUGCGCCUGCUGCAUGCAGUAGUACGUCCUUUUACAAAAUCCAUGCAACAGGCAUGUGCAUCAGUGGUCUACUGUGCCGCAAGCAAUGAUGUUUCAAGAUACGGAGGUAUAUACGUCAACAACUGUGUGCCUUGCUUACCUUCGCAGGAGGCUCUGAAUAGUAUCAUGUCAAACCGUUUAUGGGUAACUUCACUUACAAUGAUUGAAAAAGUCUUGGGCCAGAGAGCUUUCUCAGCAGAGACAGGUGAUCAGUUUUGAUGGCUACGCAUAACUAACCUUGUGCUUUUUGUAAAAGUACUGUACCAGUUAUGUUAUUUUUAGUUCAUUAAUCUCUUUUUAUCAAAAUAUGCUCUGACUUGCUACAGUUUGAUUCAUGUCUGAACUCCAAAUAUUAUACAAGAUAUUCUCCAAAUAUUAUACAAGAUAUUCUCUAGACCUUGAUAUAAAUGGUAUCAGGUCCCUGCUCUUUUUUUUAUUCACUCCAAAAUAGAUUUUUUUUCAGUCCUUGUGAACCACUGAAUAUAUGUAUAUUGCAUAUCAA